AUGGAUAUCUCAUCCUUCAGACUCCUAUUCGCUGUACAAGGGGCAUUCUCUGGCCUCGCCAUUCCUGAGUCGCCCUCCAUGCUGAUGGCACGCGACAAGCCUACAGCAGCCCGAGAAUCCUACCUGCGCCUCCAUGGCUCCAAAGCCGAUGCCGACCUUGCCCUCAGCAAGGUCCAAGCCAUCCUCAACAACGAGAAGGAACAACAAGUCAGCGUUGGCAGUGCAUCAUUCGCUGAAUUUUUCAAGGGCAGCAACCGCCGCCGCUCGUUCAUCAUCCUAGUUGCGCUGCUGCAGUACUUCCUUGGAGUAUCGCUGCUGGCAAACGCGAACUACUUUCUGAUCAUGGCCGGUAUGAGUCCAAUACAGUCGCUACAGAUCUCGCAGAUUGGCGUUGGUGUUCAGGUGGUGUGACUAUGUCAGCCUUCGGCAGGAGGAUCAUAAUGUUGUGCUCUUAUGCGGCUACUGGUAUUGUGUUUAUCGGUCAAGGUGCUGCGAGUUUCUUCCAAC